ACCACAACAAACAGGUGUGUUCUGAUAACGGGAGAGUGACAGGUGUGAGACGUCUAAAACCGUAUAAAAUAAGGAGGAAGAAGAAGAAGGAGACAGGUGUGAGCUCCAGAGUACAAGAUGUAAGCAGUCAUGUCUUCAACACUGAUCUUCCUCAUUUUCUUAGUGUAUUACCUCAUAACAAGAGGCUUUCCCAGACUGUUAUCAUGGCUUAUUGUAGCCAAGUAUCAAACAGAAAUCAAGAUCGGCCGAAUAAAUCUCUGGCGGCUCAGUUUCGAGGAUGUUUUGAUCAAAAAGUCAGGCCUAAGCAUAAAAGUUGACCGUGUUGGUGCUACAAGCAGUCUUUUUAACCAGGAAGAACGGAAAAUAUUUGCUUUGAAGGUUCACGAUGUGCGAAUUGAGAAAGAGGUGUGUGAGAAGCGUGGGCGAACUCAAAAUGAGGGAAGCAAUAAUGGCAGUGUGGAGGCUAUGUUCGCUGCAGCCAGCACAACCCCAGAGGUUGAGGCAAAGGCAAUUCAGCUCAGAAUAUCCCCUUCAGUUGUCACUCUUGCACAGUUUUUUGGUGUCCACAUCAUGAGUGUAAGCGUUGUCUACCUUCGUGACAAGUGGCCAGAAUGCCUGCUACAUGGUGCCGCUGAGAAGAUCACCAUCGAGGGAGCAACACUGAACCAGUCCAAUAUAGCACUGAAGGUCAGUGUGAGUGGAGCCCACUUGAAGGUCCUGCAGCAUGUAGCUGAUGAGAAGAAGCAGAUGGCAAGUGUGGCUGGGGGCAGCAUUGUAGGAGCUGGGCAGGAUCCCUUCGUUAAUGGAGUGUGCCAUCUCACUCAAGCUGUCUAUCGAAGCAAAUGCUGAGACUGUUGCAGCUAUGGAGAACAUCUCCAUACAGUUGAAUGAACCACAAGUCACUAUAAGAGAGCGCUUGCUUACAUUUCUUGAGAACAAAGCUUUGGCUGCAACACCGGUUGCAAGGCCAACGUAUGGAUCAGCAGCAAGUGCAACACCUCUU